UAAUAAAAUGGCGAAACAAACUUGCAUAGAAUAGUUGGGUAUAUUACAACCCGUUCCACAGUGCGUUGGCAGAUGUGAUGCCAGACGGAGGCAGAGAUCCAAUUUCACCUGAAGCACCGAAGCUGCAGAGUUCAGUUACCGGCCAUCGCAACCAUGGAGAAGCUGCUGCUGUCCCGACUUCUGUUUCUGCUCCUGCUUCCGCAUCAGCUCAUCCAGGUGAUCCACUCCCAGAGGAAUCCCCAACUGGACGAACUGAGGCGAUUGGGACUGGGAAAUGUCGUCAAUGUGCCAUUCUUCAGCGAUGUCCCCCAAUCAAAGUAUGACUUUAUAGUGGUUGGAUCUGGAGCUGCCGGCAGUACACUGGCCGCCCGUCUCUCGGAAAACCCCAACUGGAGUGUGUUCCUCAUCGAGGCUGGUGGAGUUGAGAACAUCAUCCAUCAGGUGCCCCUACUGGCGGCCCAUCUGCAGUCCACCGCCUCCAAUUGGGGGUAUACUUCACAGCCACAGCGGCAUUCCUGUCGAGGAAUGGUGGACAACAAGUGUGCCCUGCCGAGGGGAAAAGUUCUGGGCGGGACCAGUUCCAUCAACUACAUGAUCUACAAUCGGGGCAAUCGAAGGGACUUCGAUGGCUGGGCGGCAGCUGGGAAUCCCGGCUGGAGUUACGAUGAGGUAUUGCCCUAUUUCCUGAGGAGUGAGAAUGCCCAGCUGCAGGGAUUGGAGCACUCGCCGUAUCACAAUCAUAGUGGUCCCUUGAGUGUGGAGGAUGUGCGUCAUCGUACGCGUCUGGGUCAUGCCUACAUAAGAGCUGCCCAGGAGGCGGGUCAUCCGAGGACCGAUUACAAUGGUGAAUCCCAAUUGGGGGUCUCCUAUGUCCAGGCCACCACCCAAAAGGGCAGAAGACACAGCGCCUUUCGGGCCUACAUAGAACCCAUUCGGGCCAGACGUCGCAAUCUGCAUAUUCUGACACUCGCCAGGGUAACCCGCAUCCUCAUAGAUGACUCUACCAAAAGCGCCUAUGGCGUGGAAUUAACCCAUCAGGGCAGGAGCUUCAAAGUGAAGGCCCGCAAGGAGGUGAUCCUAUCAGCUGGAGCAUUCAACUCACCGCAACUAUUGAUGCUCUCGGGUAUUGGACCGGAAGAUAACCUCAAAGCUAUAGGAAUACCCCUCAUCAAAGCUCUGCCAGUGGGCAAAAGGAUGUACGAUCACAUGUGCCACUUUGGACCCACCUUUGUGACCAACACCACGGGUCAGACUCUAUUCGCCGCUCGUCUGGGACCGCCGGUGGUCAAGGAGUUCCUCCUGGGUCGCGCAGACACCUUCCUGUCCAGCAUUGGCGGCGUGGAGACCCUCACCUUCAUCAAGGUGCCCUCGGCCAAGAGUCCGGCCAGCCAACCCGAUGUGGAGCUCAUCCAAGUGGCCGGCAGCUUGGCCAGCGAUGAUGGCACUGCUCUGGCCAAAGGAGCCAACUUCAAGCCGGAGAUCUAUGAGAAAAUGUACAAGGAUCUGACACUGCGAAAGCAGGAUCACUUCAGUUUCCUCAUCAUGCACUUCAAUCCCGCCUCCGUUGGUCGCCUCUGGCUGCACAAUCGCAAUCCACUCGAGUGGCCACGCAUCGAUCCCAAGUACUUCUCGGCCCCCGCGGAUGUGGAGCACCUGCUGGAGGGCAUAAAGGAGGCCCUGAGGAUCUCCAGGAUGCCAGCCAUGCAGGCGAUCGGGACCAGACUCCUGGACAAACCAGUGCCGGGAUGUGAGAGUCACGAGUUCGCGUCGGAUGAUUACUGGAGGUGUUCGAUUAGGACGCUAUCCUACACACUACAUCACCAGGUGGCCACCUGUCGCAUGGGUCCCGAAAGCGAUCCCACAACCGUGGUCAAUCACCAGCUGAAGGUGCACGGAAUGAGGAGGCUGCGGGUGGUGGACACCAGUGUGAUCCCAGUGCCACCCACCGCCCACACCAAUGCGGCGGCAUUUAUGAUCGGCGAGAAGGCUGCGGACAUGAUACGAUCCGAAUGGAGUUGAUUUAACUCAAAUAAAGAUCAUUUUAAGAUACAACAACGAUUUAUGUAAAAGGGUUAAUAAAAUGCGAGACGAAAGUUGAAAGAAAGCAAACGGGUACACUUUAAAAAUGAUACGGCCUAUCACCACUACACAUUUUCUAAUAUUUAUUAUUGUAUUAAGAAAAUCAUUUUAUCAAAAAAUGUAUGGGA